AUGGUAGACCCACAGAAGAUUGAAGAGGUUAAGAAUUUGGCCAGGCCUACUUCAGUGAUGGAAGUUCGUAGCUUUGUUGGCUUAGCAAGUUAUUACCGCAGGCAAUUGAAGCCCAAUGAGAAGAAUUAUCCCACUCAUGAUUUGGAGUUAGCUACUGUAUUUUUUGCUCUUAAGAUAUGGAGGCAUUACUUGUAUGGGGCUCGUUGUGAAGUGUUCACUGAUCACCACAGUUUACAGUAUAAGUUUACACAGAUAGAUUUAAAUUUGAGACAGCGUAGAUGGAUGGAAUUGCUCAAAGAUUAUGAUAUCACCAUUCUCUACCAUCUGGGGAAGGAUAAUGUGGUUACUGAUUCAUUGAGCAGGAAGUCAGCAACCAGCAUUGAGGCAAGAUCUAUAUUUCUUGAUCAAAUCAAGGCUAAACAAUUUGAGGAUUCUAAGUUGAGCAAAAUUCGUGAUAAGGUUUUACAGGGUGAGGCCGAGAAGUCCAUUCUCAAUAGUGACGGUGUGUUGUUGAUUAAGGGGCGACCAUUGAUAAAAAAUGAUCGGACGACUGAGAUCCGCUCGUCCUUACUUUCCUUUAUACAUCAAAGAAACCUAAUCUCUCAAUCUCUCUCCAUCUUGUCUCCCUUUCUCUCUCAAGGCAUAGCCGCCGGCGGAUGCAAUUAUCAACCGGCCGGCAACCUCGGCACCACCAGUAUCGCUUCACCGUCGUCAACACCCUCCUCAUCAAACCAUCACAAUGCCUCGACCGACGAGCUACCGACAAGCGCCGCCCCAUUCCCUCCUUUUCUCUCUCCGGUCCCCCUCUUCCACAGAACUACAAGCUCUGCACCACAACCGGCAACUUGCCGCCGGUGGACAACAAAUACUAUACCACUCGUUUCCCCCCGUCCACCGUCCAAACAGAGAAAUCGAUGGGCCUUUUUCCGGCGUACCACCAGCCAGCGAAGCCAACCAACCGCUAUUCGAGAAAAUGUAACAAAUCAUAUUCAAGCAAAGAUAUCUACCUUGAUCUCACUGUUACUUCUGGAACAAAACAAUACAAUGAAGUUAAACCAGCUCGGAGUGAACUAUUCAGCAUCAAGCAAUUUAGUACAAGCGGCCUCUUGUGGUGGAAAGGUUUUGCUCGACUGUUGGAAGUUAAAGGAUUUGUUAAAUGAUGAACGCCCAUCUCAAGAAUACAACCAAGAGGAUGAAAGUGAUGAUGCCUUUGACGAUGUGAAUGAAAGUGAUCCUAAUUUUGAUAACGUGGAUGAAAGUGAUUCUGACCUUGAUGGUUGGUAGUUUUAUUGAGGAUUCAAGUUUGAAAUAUUUUGUUGGACUAUUUAAGAAUCAUAUUUUAUUGAUGUGAAUGUUUUGAAUUAUGUUUUUUUGUUAGCUCUAAUGAUUUUACAUUAGACUUGUAUUGAAUGAUGUUUUUGAGAAUUAUUGAAGGUUUUGAAUAGAUUUUUGA